AUGUCAUCUCCUGUUCCAACAGACCCUCGAAUCUUGCGGUUUCCCAGAUCGGACGAGACUGGGUCUUUUGUACUUGUCCAUGUCUCAUGUACUGGCCCUGCGCCGCUUGAUUUGAGCCUGAUGGCUACUGAGGGGGAAUCCCCCUAUGUUAGCUUGGUGAAACAAGCAUGCUUGAAAGACCUCCACGCAAAGAAUUACCAAGGAUCGAACGAUGAAUGGAUUAAAACCGUCUCUCUCAUUUUGGGGCAAUGUUCUACUCCUCCCGAUAGGCCGGAUUGGGCCACUGGUCUCGAAGCUUCUGCCAGCAUAUCGGGCUCUAACGAAGACAACAAGGAAAUUGUGAUCACGAUACGGAAGCGAGUGCAGAAUAUCACACAACGCCUUGGUGCUUUUACCCUCAAGCAAGACGAUGAACAAGCCGUCGAACUGUUUGAAUGGACCGGGAUUACUGCAGUGAGGGCUCAUACGCUAGAGCAACAAGUGUUCAGCCUGACUAGCCGUUACCGCUUUGCCGAAGAUACCAUACGUAGGUUGAAUGAACAGCUUGAGGAGCUCGUGCAUGCGAAAACUGAGCAUGAGAAUCGACUGGUGGCCAGUUUUGUGCAGGUCUUGAACGAGAAAAAGCUUAAAAUCCGAAACCAGCAACGUCUUCUGGCAUCGUCUACCGUCGAUCCCACCAAAGUCUCCGAGAUGCAAGCAAGCAUUCCUGGAGAGUCACAUGAAAUCGCUGAGAAGUCUCGUUCGACAAAGAGAAGUGCUAGCAAGAUGAGCGAUACAGACGACUCUGAUGGGUUUGAGCAAAUGGAUAUCGAUCCAAUGAAGACUGAUCGAGGUACCUCCAAUAAUCAAGACCUCGAUGACGAAGGGCCUUCGACUUCUCAUUCUUUGGACAACGAACCAAGCAAUAGCACGACGGACGACUAUUCGUCACAGGAUGAAACACCCCCGCUGAAGCGGGUCUCUCCAGUGAGAUAUACCGCGCCACCUCAAAGAGAUUUGCCAUUUGCUAAAAAGACCCGCGGGCCUAUCAAGAAAACUGAUUCAACCCAGCCUCGUAAAGAUGCUGAAGAAACCGAAGGAGAGACGGAUGAUGAUGAGCUCUGA